UCCCAGGAUGCUUUUUGUCUCACGACGAUUCCAAGAUGGCUGCGCCCGUAACAAAUUUUCUCGCCAGAGCUGAUUCAGAAUCAUGGACGAUUUUCUGACAGUUUUAAGGACAAGAUGGGUCUUGGACUGAAAACGUUCGGAUUGCUACUAUGGACGGUGGCCCUUUCCGUAGUAGGGAUCACCCUAUUUACGAAAGGUUUUCUUCUAAACCGCCUGGAAGUCCCCAUCAAGAGCUCGUGCGAGGAGUCGCCCAUCGAGGGGGGAGGGGCGGGGAAAGAAGACGGAGAAGCGCAAAAGAAAGGCUGUUGGACGAACCGUCACUUCAAGAAGGCCAUCAUUCUAAUCGUGGACGCCCUGAGGUACGACUUCGCGACGUAUAACGCCUCCCUGGGUCCGGAGGACGCCCUGCCGUUUCAGAACAAGCUACCCGUGCUGCACGAGCUGCUGACUACUCGUACCCAGAGCAGCGCGCUCUUCAAGUUCCUGGCGGACCCUCCGACCACCACCAUGCAGCGGCUGAAGGGGCUGACCACCGGCAGCCUGCCCACGUUCAUCGACGUCAGCAGCAACUUCGCCAGCUCGGAGGUGAUGGAGGACAACAUUAUCCAGCAGCUGGCAGGGCUGGACAGGAAAGUCGUCUUCAUGGGAGACGAUACAUGGACAGGUCUAUACCCAAAACAGUUUCACAAGGUGUUUCCCUUCCCGUCCUUUAACGUGAAGGACCUCCACACAGUCGACAACGGUGUCAUUGAACACCUGGUACCCGAGAUGGAGGAGGAGGAGGGGGAAUGGGACGUCCUGAUUGCUCACUUCCUAGGGGUCGACCACGUGGGUCACAGGUUCGGGCCGUACCAUCCCACCAUGGGGGAGAAACUCACACAGAUGGAUGGUGUCAUCAGGUCUGUCAUGUCCAAGCUGACAGAUGACACUGUGCUGUUUGUGAUGGGGGACCACGGCAUGACCAGGACUGGAGACCACGGUGGGGACAGCACAGAUGAGGUGGGGGCCGCUCUCUUCAUCUACAGUCCCGCCAAACUCCUCCAGGGGGCACUGCAGCAACAGGAGGGCCAAGCUGUUUCCCAGAUCGACUUUGUGCCGACCUUGUCCCUCCUCCUGGGCCUUCCCAUCCCCUUCUCCAACCUGGGCAUGGUCAUUCCUGAACUCUUUCUCGCCUUCUCUACCAACAAACAAACAAACAACUCACCAGGUCAUACAGACUGGGCUCGAAACAUCACAGGAGUGGAAGCCUUGAGAAUAAACGCCUUCCAGAUCAAAAAGUAUCUGGACGUGUAUGCAAGGUUGGGCGAAGACCUGCCCAAGGAUGUGGUCAGCAAGUUACAGAAGCAGCUGGCAGAAAUUGACAAUGUGUAUCAGACAGUCAUAAAUGGAAAAGUAUCAACAGACAAUGCUUUUGCAGCUCUAAAGAGAGCAAAGGAAGGAUACAUCAAGUACAUAUCAGAAGUGAAGGAGAUGUGUCGUAAGGUCUGGGCUAAAUUCGACAUGGUGUCGAUGGUGUGCGGGAUAUCGGUGUUAUGCUUAGCGUGUAUAGCGAGUGUUUGUAUAACUAUGCAGUCACACGACAGGAGAGUUGUAUAUAAUCUGGAAAAGCAGCUGUCGGGGAUAGCCGUUGGUAUCGGGCUGGGGUUCAUCUUGGGUAUCGUUUCCGAGAUUUGCACCAACGGCACAAUAACAACAUCAUCGCUGGCCCCUUUCAUGCUGCCGUGCCUGGGAUCCUUCAUCGGGUACACGACCUCGGCAUGGUCCUACAAGUCCUCAAAACAAACAUACAAACUACCAGAACUGUGGAGAACACUGAAAAAGCAGCCAGUUGAUUGGAUAGUGGCCACUAUGCUGGUCGUGUGGAACGCCUGCGGCCUGGGAGCCAACAGUUUCCUGAUCAACGAGGAUGCCAUCACAGCAUUUCUCCUGCAGUCUCUGAUGUGGAGCCUUCUCCUGGCUGCAAACUUCAACAGGCAGAGUGCACCCAGUAAGGAGCAGACACAGAAGAGGGCUCGGGCGGAGAAGAGUUUCGACAUCGGGAGAUACAUCACCAGACCGAGUCUCCUGCUGCUGUUCGUGGUGGUGGUGUUCAGCUUCUGCAUCAGGCUGUCCAUGUUCUUCCGUGCCUGUCGGGAAGAGCAGUGGUGGUGCGAGACCCCGCACUUCCUGAAGUCGCUGUCCACCGUCAAGGGGGGACACAAAAAUGCCCGCUACUUCUUCGCGGCCGCGUGCAUGGCGCUCAUUCCCGUGAGCCUGCGCCUGUUCAUGAGCAAGACCGGGAACAUGGAUGGCGUGACGCCAACCGUGCUGAACGUGAAGUACGCUCUACCGGUGGCCGCAGUGUGCACAUCCCUGUACUGGGCUAUGCAGGCACUGCCGCAGCGUGUGUUGGACAACCUGCCCGCCUGGGAGCAGGUCAUCCUCCCCAGAGUCGUGUACGUCAUCAUCUUUAGCUCCUUUGUCUCCAUCGUCUGGAAGCCGCUCUGCCUCCUGCUGCAGAUCGACAGGAGCUACUACGGGCCGGACAGAACGCUCCAGAACGGAGGCAGGGACAGGCAACUGUCCAAACUCUACAACCAGGUCAAGGGCAGGGGGGGAACCCUCCCCCCGAAAAACGGGAACCCGGCUAAAGAGGAUUGGGACGUGGACAACAAGCGCAUCCCUGCGGUGUACGGACUGGCCACGGUGUACUCUGCGGCAUCCCUAGUGGUGACGGUGACGUGUAGCCAGCUGGUGGCUCUGCUGUUGGGGGACGGCCUGGCUCCAGCAGUGCUGCUGCUGCUGACACAGAUGGGCCUGUUCCUUGAGUUCCACGCUGCCGUCAAGAGGACCCAGGUCAGGAAGGAGGGCCUCAGUCAAGAGGCUUCAACAACAGUGCUGUCCCAGGUGCCGUGGCCUGUGGUGGUGGGGUGGGGCCUGAUGACCAGUCAGUACUUCUUCUACACCGGCCACCAGGCUGCCAUACCCACCAUCCGCUUCGAGUCAGCGUUCACUGGUUUCUACGGAGACUUCGACAACAACCUCGUGCCAGCUGUGCUGAUUGGGCUGAACACGUUCGCCUCUCAGGUGCUGUUUACAGCUUCGCUGCCCCUGCUGCUGGUCUGGCCGUUCUGCCGAGGGAAGUGGAUGGACCGAAAGCUGGCGGCUGGUCACCAUGGCAACCAGGAGGUCCUGGACGAGCUGCAGAAGGGCGAGUUUGUGCUGCAUGAACACCCGGUGGAGUACCGCCUCAACAGCCUCCGUCUCUACAGCAUGUUCUUCAUUUUCAACAUCAUCAAGCUCGGCGGCACCAUGGUGACAGCGGGGUACCUGCGCAACCACCUGAUGGUGUGGAACAUCUUUGCUCCGAGGUACGUUUUCGAGGGCGUGUCGUUCCUGGUGGUCUGCCUCACCAUGCUCCUGUCCUACCUGCUCAUGAUGCGAGUGGACGACACACUGGCAGGAUGGGUGGGCAAACUGAGGGACUACUGCAAGACACAGUAGCUUUUUAAAAUCAAAAUUCUACCCACGCCUUGUGGUGUGGAUGGCAGUGCCCAUCUCUGCUUCUAUAGCACUUGGGCCACACAGUUGUGAAAGCAACUUGUGUAAAUCUUGGGGGCUGUCCUAUUCAGUUUACCAGGGGCUCCCAAAUUCACUCCCUCAGAACUGAAAAGGUUAGCACUAGGGCUGUCUCCAAGAGCCCUUCCUCUGUCCCAGGACAGAAAUUUGCUUGUUGGGACUGACAAAAAAUGUCAACCUGUUCGCACAGAAAAUAGGAAUUUCACGACAUGAAAUUGAUGAAAAAAAAAACUAUUUUUGUAAGCUUUAAACAACAAAAAUUUACAACAUUGGACCCCAGAAAAAAAUCAAAGGAUGGACAUAGGCGGCUGAUAGGCAUCUGGACUACAUUGUGAGUGUGUGUAAAGCCCUUAGUUAAAAUACAACAGAAAUCCAUUCAUAACUUCCUAACUUAUGCUGUUCACCAACCAGCCAGUUAUCCAAUAGACGUUUUGGCAAAAUCGCUGUGCAGAAUCAAUUCAUAGUUCCUCCAUAGUAAAAGGAAAGAUGUAAUCAAAAUAAAUCCUAGUGAUGCCCCAGAAGUAUUUGAUGCAAACCCAUGAUGAAUCCCCUUCUCAUGGUUGUUAUGUAUGAUUGUGUUGUCAGCAGAUAUUUUGUGACCGAGAAUUCCAACUACGGAAUUAAUUCUGCAGAUGAAUUCAGGAGUAAAUGUACAGUUUAGAAAUAUCUACUAAAUUGUUUGAAUACAUGUAUGCAUGUGUAUUUGAUUCAGAUACUUACUAGUACAUGUUACACCAAGCCAUCUGAUCUUUUUUGUUUCAAAUGUACGGUAUUAGUUUGUGUAUCAAAUGUGAUUGGGAAUAUUGGAAAUCAUUGGAAAUAGGGUCCCAAACUAAUUUCUAAUAUUACAUUUAGUUGACCUCAGCAACAUAUGUCAAGGGCCUGUGAAUUAUUAUUUCUUACCCAGGAACUGUACAAUGUCCUGUAGGAAUUCAGGUCUUGCGUUUAUAUCAUGUAUAUCAUGUGUAUGCCAAAGCGCUUCUGCAUUGCGCUCGCAAAAUACAAUGUUCUGUAUAUUGUCAUUCACAUUAUUAUAUUAACUGCCAUCUGUACACAAUUGUAUUUAUAACCUGUCACAUGUACCUACCGGUAGGUUUGGUCAGGCAGUUGUGAAUAUGAAUAGUAUCUUGUUGAGCAUUGGUACUAAAUGUUAAAUGCAUAAUACUACAUUAUGGCAUAAUGAGAGAUAUAAAAGCACUUGAGGUGUGCUGUCUACGUUUGGUUUAAAACCAGUUGAAAAAUCUGACCGCUGAACAGAAAGGAAAGUGAUUAAUGAUUAUGUAUAUGGAGAGAAUAACACUUGGAAGUUUCAAGCACACAUGUACAGAUCACUACUGUCCUCAUUGUACAAAUACAUACAGUAGAGGUGUGUAGUAUUUUAGUCUAAUGGUAAUUAAAAGAUGUCUAGCAAGUGCUCUUCUAUUUAGAGUACUAUAUAUUAUGUGUUUUAGGUGUUCUUGCAUUGAUUACAAUCACAUUUAAAAUGUGUACCACAUAUACGAGCAAGCUUGCUAAAAUGUUUUGCUUCUAAGUAAUACUAUGAUGUGUGAACUGAGUGUUAAACUGUACAUAUUGGCCAAUACAGGCAUCUGUCACCGUGAGAAGUGGUCUGUGUCUCAGUUCUACAAAAUUUGAUGCUUCAAUGAUCAACGUAAGUGUAUAUAUUGAAGGAAUGUUUGAAUGUUGACGUUUUUUUGUAAUAUUUCUGUGUCUGUCUUGAUGGAAAAUGUGCUUCUAGCACACAGAUGUUGAGAGAUUUCUACAGAAUGAACUUAUGAUUGUGUACAGAAGGGAAUGUAGUCAAUGCAGAAAUCACGCGUGUAAUCCAGAAAUAAAAGCACACGGUUUAAGUAGUUAUAAAA